AUGCGGGGUCGCGGUGGUAGGGGCGGUAGGGGCGACUGGUCCUCAGACAGAGGCCGUGGCCGUACCCCCUACGACGACCGAGGGGAUCGCUACCCCAGGAGUCGCUCCCAGGAAGGGCGAUGGGGUCGAGACCGAGACGAGCGCGACCGCGGCGACAGAUAUCCCCCCGAACCUGAUGUGCGACGAGACCCUCGCGACGAACGAGAGAGGGGCGAGCGCGACUUAAUACGGCCAAAGAAGGAAGCCCGGCCGUCUAUCUCCCAGGAACCCUCUCAGAUUCGAGACGUGUCGCCGCCACCCGUUGCUCCAUCGGCACCGGCAUUUGGCUCUGUGCCCAGUCGCAGUGCCAGUGGAAGUGACGCCCCGGCAGCUUCAGGAACUGGUAAACCCCCUCCCACCGCUCCGCGCGCAUACAGCGAGCGACCCGUCUCCGCUGGCCACGACUCGGCGCCUCCAACGGGACCGUCCCGAAAGUCGGUUCACGAUGCGCCUCAGAUUCCUGUAGGACCGCGGGCGCAGCAACCACACCCCGGCAGCAAGCAGUGGGUCAACCCCAACUUGAAAAAGGGCCCGGAAUCGCCAAAGAUCAUGAGAGCCCAGACCUUUUCGCAGUCCGGACCGGCCACGCUACGGCGUGGAAGCUCUCAAAUCGACCAGACCGAGCAGAGUCGGCCUCGCAGCAGUGAUGCCAAAUCGGACACACGGCCGUCGGAGUUUGAAGACAGGUCUCGCUCCCACUACAGCGCUGAGCCCGGAGAGAUCGUUAAGUUCGAGCCCGAAUCUCGUGAUCAGAGCGAUUACAAAGAUCGAAGCGCAAAAUCCGCCUCAGCCGGGAACUCUCCUGCUCUUCAAACCUUGUCCAAGUUCCCCAAUCGAAAAGUCGCGGAGCCAGAAAGGCCGAGCAAGCAGGCCGUGGAAGCACCGAAGCGACGUCGGAGAAUGCCGACUGUCCCCGUUGUGCGAUUCGCAGUCCCCGCCAAGAAACCGCCAAUCCAAGAACAUGACUCUGAGUCGGACGACGAUGACAUGGCCGAUUACUUCGACAUGGAGAUACAAAAGACCGAGGCCGAGCUCAGCAAACUUCCCAAGCCAAGCCUACCGCGGGGUGUAGUGGCACGAUACGCGGCCAUGUCUCACGGUGCAAUGGCCGAGUUGCUUAGCAAAAGCGAAGGCUUGACCGAGAUGCUUGGUCCGAUUCCCGAAGAAGUCAAGAUAGCUGAAGCAAAGCCCAUCGAGCAGGUGCCCGCUAAACCCAAAGUCUACGACGAGAUAACGGCUCCGGUUUCCAAGGAGGAAGAGCCGACUACGUCCGACACAUUGGCCAAGAUACCUGAGCCUACGGAGGUUCCCGAGUCUCAGCCAACGACAGAUGCGAUGGACGUCGACGUGCCGAGUGCUGAUGCAGCCCCCGCGGCACCACAGGUUCCUUCAGCUGAGCCCAGAGCCGAGGAGGAGGCCAAGAGAGGCAGCGUUGGCCCCACCGCGCCAGCGAACGAUGUCGGUGCCAUUUCUGGCGAAGCCUCGCGACAGUCUGUUCCAUCAGAAACGACAGGCGUCGGGUCGAAGCCCCCGAGUACUCCGUCGCAAAUCCCGGACGAAGAUGACGACGAGACCGAAUCCGAGGAUGAGGCGUUUGUGGAUGUCGAAACCGUACGCAGGUACAUGAGGACUCCACCGAUCGAUAGUCUUCCAAACUACUUCACGGGCCAAGACUGGUCAAAGGACGAAGACUUUCUCGCCACGCUCGACUCCGAUCCUGUUAUUGACAAUUUCGUGGCCAAACAUCUCGACAAGAUACAUAUCCAGGAGAGGGAGGAGCAGACCAAGGCACAAAAGGCGUACGAGGACAACUAUGUCCAGUACCUCAACUUUACCCUGUCCAGCGACCCCGUCGCCGUCAAGAGCAGAGACAAGUUCUCUGUUGCAGCUCCCGUCCCCGAGGUCCCUGGCACCGCGACUCCUGAACCCGUGGCGAAGCCAGAAGGACGCGGCGCCCGAAGAUUUGCUUCUGAGCGCGAUCUUGAACGCGUAUUGCAGGCAUCGAUGCGAGAGGACGAGGAACGCAAGGAGCGUGAGCUUCGGGCUCAAAAGGAGAAGUAUCGCAGCGACAAGGAAGCCGUGAUCCCUGACAUGUACUGGGACGCCGAGCAGCGAGCAAAGGCUCAGUACACCGAUCGUUCAGGGUAUACGCCCGUGGAACGCCUUGUUUCAGCUUGGCAGGUGCUACCCCCGGUCAACAACUUCACGCCAGAGGAGGCGGAGCUCUUUGAGAAGGCCUAUCUGGAGUUCCCGAAGCAAUGGGGCCGGAUCGCCGACGCCGUCCCGAACCGUGACUUCCACGCUUGCAUACAGUAUUACUAUCUGAUGAAGAAGGAGUUGAACCUCAAAGAGAAACUGAAGAAGCAGCCAAGACGACGCAAGAAGGGCCGAGGCAAGCAAAGAUCUAGUGCAUUGGUGUCGGAGCUUGGAAACGGGGAACAGGAUGGAGAGGAGACCCAGGACACUGGGGACAACGGAGAACGGAGACGACCACGACGCGCCGCGGCGCCCACAUGGGGUUUCGAACAGCCGGCGACCGACAGCGAGAACGCGACUCCCGCCGGGACCCCUGGCCGUCGUGGCGCCUCGGCCGCGGCAAGGGCAGAACAAGGCGACAAGGUGGAUGGCAGAAAGGGCAGACGCAAGGCUGCCAAGGAUAAGGACGCCAAAGGGGCAAAGGCGAACCAGAACCUCGCCGCUGCAGCCACGCCAUCCUCCGCGCGAGGACGCUCACGAUCCAGCUCGCGGGUGCCGCCAAACUUGCCGCCAACUGCCGAGACCCCGGCGCCGGCUCCGGCUCCGGCAGAACCGAAUCGUGCACCUGUCGCAUUCGAGCAGCCGCCGGCCCACGCUGGGAUUCAGCCGCCGUUCCCAGUGCAGCAGCAACAGCCCGUUCAAGCUGUUGAGCGCCCCAAGCCUGUUGCUGCUUCGUCCAUAUCCGAAGUCAUGGCAGCACCCUCGCUGCGGCCAGAACCGCCGCCACCGCCGCAGCAGACGUCCAUGACCUCCUUCCACCUGGCUCAACCCCAAUCCGAGCGCAAGACUACCACGCAGGCCUCGAGCUACUGGAGCGUGUCAGAAGCGAACGACUUUCCGCAUCUGUUGCGGGCCUUUGGGUCUGACUGGACAUCUAUCGCCGCCCAUAUGGGUUCCAAGACGGCCGUCAUGGUGAAGAAUUAUUUUGUCCGGCAAAAGGACCAGGGAAAACCCGAAUGGGAAGCACUCGUCCAGGAAGCGGACGCCAAGCGGUCGCGUGGCGAGAAGCGGCCUGAUCCGCCACAGCCGACCGCUGGCGGGCGAGGCAGGAGAUUCGAGAACACGACAGCUGCACCUGGCACAUCUAGACCCUUGGCCGUUGCCCCAGGUGUGGAUGGUCAAGGAGAGCCUUCGCAAGCCAAGAUGGACGUCCAGCCUCAACAGGCUCGACCCCAGGGUUUCUCGGGCUACGGCGUGCCCAUUGCACAGGCUCCUGCCCAACAAGCCAUUGCGCAGCCUGGGCCUCAGCCUGGACCUCAGCCUGGCCAGCAGCCGAUUGCUAUGCAACAACACGCAGCAGCCGCCCCCCCUCCGGCCACGCAAGCCAUGUCCCCUGGAGCUCGCCCUCUCCGCGCCCCCCUUCAGCCAUUUGGCUUUCCCGAGCGCGAUCACGAACCUGCUCCUCCGGCUCAGCAACAACAACAGCAACAGCGGGCACAACUUCCUCAGAAGGCCGGGAGCUCCGCGGUACCCGAGCUUCGCGAGCAACGACCGCUUGCGGCCGCACAGCCCCUCCAAUCAACCCGUCAGGAAGCGAUGAUGGAACGGCAGAAGCUGGAGAUGCAGCAGAGGGAACGGGAGCGAGAACGGGAGAGGGAAUUGCAACGCCAGUCGGAGCGCCAGGCCAUGAGGAUGACGCAAGAGGCCGAGCUCGCAGCCCAGCGCCACUACGAACCGUACGGUCAUCGUCAACAAUCGAGCCUUGGAGGUGGUCCGAGGGAGCCUUUGUCGCUCGCAAGACCGCCUUCUCAAGAGCCGUCUCGAUCCGUUGCUGGGCAGCCGUAUCCUCCUCCCAUGCAGCAACAGGGCGUCCAUGCUGCUCGGGGCAUGAUGGGCGAACUCGGCGCAGCUCAGUCGCCACCUCUGGGUCCCAACACUGGCCGGCCGGCGUCGUCACUCCAGCAGAGGCAACCCCCUGGGCCCGGCUCGGAGCAAUACGGCGUUGCGCCGCCUGCAGCGCCUCCGAGUCGACCACCAGAGCCACGUAAGACGUCCAACAUCAUGUCACUGCUGAACGACGAUCCGCCGCCUGCAGCGAAGAGAGUCAGCGACGUUGCGAGUACCCCCGGACACUCGGCGACGCCGCCGCCUCAAGGCAUGGGUCGCCCUCCACCUGGGUCGGCGCCGCCAUCGCAAAUGCGGCGCGAGCCAGAGCCGCAGUACUCUCCCUAUGGUCGAACCCCGUCUGGUGGCCCGAGCAUGCCUCCGUUGAAGCCGACGUAUGGAGGCUCUCCGAACGCUCCACCACCAAUGGGUUCUGCACCGUCGGAGAGAGAAUACUAUAGGCAGCACGCAUACCAGCCACAGCCAGGACACCACAGCAGCGGCACCAACUCGCCUCAGACAUCGCAGCGGUAUCCGCCUCCCGGACAGCCGGGCCAGGGCCAAUAUCCGCCGCAGAGUGGCUACCCAACGGCAUAUGGCGGUGGUGGUCAAGUGCCCCAUGCUGCAUCUCCGCCGCCGCCUCAGUACGCGGUCCAUCAACCGGUGCCUCGAGGUCGCGAAAUGCCUCAGGGUGGGCGCGAGAAUGCAUGGCCGCAGCAGGGCCAUCAGCAGCAGCCGCCGGCAAUGCAGCAGGCAACCGGAUGGCCGACGCAGCCCCCGAAAUCUCAAGCACCUCCGCCUCAGCAGUCGUGGCCGCAACAUCCCUCCAGCACUCCAAAGCCGUCAACGCCGGCCCCGGCGUGGUCUACCGCGCCUCCACCCCAACAGCCUCACCCGAUGGCGAUGCGGGACGAGCGCGGCGCAUCAAUGUACGGUGCCAAUUCUCAGCCGCCUCAGCACCGUUACGGCCCACCUGCUUCUCGAGGCCCCGAACAAGUGCCGCCGCCAGCUCAAGCCUACCCUCGGUAUGUCUCGACGCCAGGACCCGUCGGACCGCGAGACCCAAGGGAACAGGGCAGGAGCUACACACCCGGCGUGUAUGACGCGCGCGGGCCUCCGCCACCGGCGCCAGGCCAGGCGUACCCAGGACCUGAUCCGAGGGAGAUGUCGCUCCGGGACAACCGUGACCCGCGCGAUCCCAGAGAUCCACGGGAGAUGAUGGCCAGAGGGCUGCGGCCCCACGAAUACGAGCGCCAUCCGGAUAACAGAUACGGGCGAUGA